GACAGUUAUCAUAAGUGCAUUAGAUAUCUCUUGCAAGCUUCCCUCCCUCAUAUGCUUCACGUGAACCAAGAGUAUAUAAAAGGGUACACCAGCCUAGUACAGACAGCACUAGCUCCAACAUGAAGGUCUUGGUGUUUGCUCUGCUGAUCGCCAGCGCCGUGGCCGGCUGGCCCGGCUACAUGAUGGAUGCGCCAGAUAACGUGCCCCCAACCCAGAAACAGCACGAUGUGAACUGCGUUCUCUACAAGAUGUUCGAGCCUCUACGCGAUAGAAACCUGUUGGAAAAGGCAGCAAGAUUCAAUCCUGUGGAGGACGUUUCCAUGUACAAGGACGGAGGAAUCGCAGUCCGGUAUCUCAUGGAUGAACUUGUACAAGGCCGUCUGCUGGAGAAAAAGCAAUGCGCUGCCGUCACUAACAAACGCUAUCUGGAAGAGGCAAUCAUGCUCUUUGAGGUUCUCAUGCAAUGCAAGGACUGGAACUGCGUUGCCAACAACGGAGCUUACUUCAGGGAGCGAAUGAAUGAGGAGGAAUUCAUAUAUGCUGCCUACCAUGCCUUCAAGCACUCUCCUCUCACCCAGCAAGUCGUUCUGCCCGCCAUCUACGAAGUUAAACCCCACCACUUCACCAAGACGGAGGUCAUAAACAAAGCUUAUGAAGCCAAGGAAAUGAAGCUUCGCAAUAUUUUAUUGCAAAACAACUUCACUGGCACACCUAACGACAUCGAACAGAAAGUUGCCUAUUUCAGAGAAGACAUUGGUGUCGGUACUCACCACCUGAUGAUUCACUUGGAGAAUCCCUUCUGGUGGAAAGACACUUACGGCUACCACAUUGACAGGAAGGGUGAGAACUUCUUCUAUGCCUACCACCAGCUACUCAACCGUUACGAGGCUGAGCGCAUCUCCAAUUACCUGCCUCCUCUCCAGGAACUGAAGCUAGACGAGCCCCUGAAAGAGGGAUUUACUCCACAGACCACCUACAAGUACGGUCCACCCUUCCCCACUCGCAAUGACGACAUCUACCUCCGUGACGUGGACAAGGUAGGCCGAAUUCACGAAAUCGUCCUCGUGGAAGACCGCAUCCGCGACGCCAUCGCUCGCGGCUACGUGGAGGACAAGCAGGGAAGGAAGAUCUACAUCCAAAAUGAUAAGGGCAUCGACAUAUUGGGUGACAUCAUUCAGUCAUCUAUGUACAGCCCCAACCGCAAGUACUACGGCAAUCUCACCACCUUGGCUUACACCAUGCUCGACCAGCAGACCGACCCCAACAACAAGUAUGACACUCCCCCUGGCGUGCUUGCACACUUGGAGACCCUCCCACGCGAUCCUGCUGCCUGGAAACUGCAAAAGAGAAUCGACAACAUCUUCAGGGAAUACAUCGACUCUCUUCCUCCUUACACCAAGGAGCAACUCGAAUUCCCAGGAAUAAAAGUAAGCGAGAUCCAAAUCCAAGGCAACCUUGAAACCUACUUUGAGGAGUACAAGUACGACCUGGUCAAUGCCAUCAACGACAACAGCACCGAGACCGAAUUCUAUGGCAUUUAUGCCACUGUGCCCCGCCUCAAUCACAAGGAGUUCACCUACAAGAUCAAAGUACAGAAUAACAAUGGUUCUCCCAAGAAGGCUGUCAUUCGCAUCCUCGCCAUGCCCUACCGCGACGGUAACGGUGCCAUCAUCCCCUUUGACGAGGGCCGCUGGCUCGCCAUCGAGAUGGACCUCUUUGUGAAGACCUUGAAUUCAGGUGCCAAUGAUAUCGUCCGCAAGAGUUCAGAGGCCUCCAUCACUGUCCCUGACGUCCCCACGUACAAGACACUUACCGAGAUGACUGAGGCUAGUCAGAACCUCGAAAUGUACGAGAGCGCUACUGGCAUCCCCAACAGGCUUCUCCUGCCCAAGGGUAACGAGGAGGGCGUGCAGUUCAGACUGUUGGUGGCCGUCACUGAUGCUGAACAGGACGUCAAUGAUGAGAGCAUCAUUACCAUGAACAAAUACCACCACUAUGGUGUUCGUGGCGUCCAGCCCGACAAGAGACCCUUUGGCUACCCUCUGGACCGUCGUGUUCCUGAUGAGCGCAUCGUCGACGAGGUUCCCAACAUCAAGGAGACCAUGGUGAAAGUUUACAAUCACAACGUCUUCCUCCGCCUGCCUCAGCAAUAAAUAUUGCAUUCUUCGGGAGGCGGCUUCAUGGGUCUCACUGGUAGAGGAAACUUAGCGUGUCAUUUUUCCUUUCUUUUUUGUACCAUGAUCGUUAAUAGAAGUUUAAAUUUACCAACUGCAACAUCAUCCGCCUUUAUUUUUCUCAGGUGAGUCUCAUAUUUGCUAUCUUAACCCAAUGAAAAAUUUAAUUUGUGUUAGAAGCCUAGCUUUUAACACAUAUUGUUCACUACCACCACUGAAAUUCAAUACUAAUAAAUGUGAACCGAU